AUGAUAUGUUUUGAAUCAUUAUUAGUUCCCUAGCAAUAAACUUUUUGAAGUACGACAUUUUAGAAUAGCAGUGAAAAUAUCGUAUGGUUAUAACAUAAUAGAUCCAUGGAAAACACCAACACAACAGCAACAGUGUUCCAUGAUGUGGAUCUUACUAGUGAUGAGCACAACAAAUGUGUGACACGGAAACCAUCGAUAACACAAAGAAUUAAAAAUCGAUUUAGAGGAAAAAGUCAGCGCAGACAUCAUACAGUAGCCGCGACUGACAAGGAAAUGAUCAUAGCAAGUAUUUCGUCUCCAGUGUGUCUGAACUAUAGUACUCAAAGUGAUGAAGCUCUUGAAUCCAAAUAUUCUAUAUUGUCGUGUCCUUUCGAUAUAAAAGGCUAUGGAGAGUUUCUGAUGAUGGACGAAUUCAAAGUGAAGCAUCCGAAAAAACUAAGCCUGAUGGUGUUUUUGUACGAAGGGAUUAUGAUUUUUACCAGUAGAACACCCAAUGGAGAAUCAUAUUACUUCAAAGGCAGCAUUAGAAUGGAGGAUCUGUGUCUAUGUCCAGCCGAAAAAAAGACUGUUCUAGUUGUUAAGGACCAUACGAAUAGCAAAAGAUUCCACAAAGAAAUUUCCUUCGAGUUGCACACGCUAUCCGAAUACAUACAAGUGAAAUGGCGACUGGCCAUAGAAAAAUGCUUGUGGAAGCAGUUUGUUAAAGUGAGACAAGAAAGCCAAGGUUCGCAAAGACAUUCUCAGUAGUAUUACUUAAUAAUAUGGACAAUCUAAUAUCAGCUGCAGAUUCAAUGAGUCAAUAAAUGACAUGUUUAUACAGGGUGAGUUUCCUACGAUGGUCGGUUAAAUGGGGAAAAAAUUGCAUAAUGAAAGAAAUGUUAAAAAUUAUUUAUAUCAUAAUAAUAUAAACUCAGGGAU